CGCGACCGUUAACUUUUUUUGCUUUGUUAUUGUGGAUGAUCAAUUGGGCAGAGGUUCUUGGGGGCAUGGGGCGUGGGGAUUGCGGCUCAAAACUUUCGUCAUGGGCCAGCCAGCCGAGCCGAGAACUUUUGGCACCCAAACCCGAACCCAAAACCACACCUGUCAUCGCCACCACCACCGCUAUCAUCGCCCUCCACCACCACCAUCACCACCACCGCCCCGACUGAAGCACCACCACACCCUACACUACGAAACAAAAAAAAAAGAUGACACCUCUCUUCCGCCCCACUCUCCUCGCGCGGACAACGCGCGCCCUCCUCCGGCCAACCAUCUCCCCGAUCACUCCGCCAGUGUACGUUGCGCUGCGCCGACUGAGCGAUGACACGAAGCGGACGAUCGAGGGCGUGCUGUCGACGGCGCCGGUGGUGCUGUUCAUGAAGGGCACUCCGGAAGCACCGCAGUGCGGGUUCUCACGCGCGUCCGUGCAGAUCCUGGGACUGCAGGGCGUUGAUCCCGAGAAGUUCAGCGCGUUCAAUGUGCUCGAGGAUGAGGAGGUGCGACAGGGCAUAAAGGAGUUCGCGAACUGGCCUACGAUCCCGCAGCUGUACAUCAACAAGGAGUUCGUGGGCGGCUGCGACAUCCUUGUGGCGAUGCACCAGAGCGGCGAGCUGGCGGAGAUGCUGGAGAAAGAGGGCGUGCUGGUCCCACCGGAGGAGGGCGAGCAGAAAUAGAAGUAAAAGUAAAAAUCACACAAUACACAUGGGCGAUGCGUUGGGGAUGCAAGCAAGCAAAAAAAGAAUCAAGAAUCGGAAGAAUCGAUUGCUGUGGAGUGGAGUGGGGAUGUGUAAACCGUACACCGCACUUAGAGGAAUUGCAUGGUCC